UUAAUGCCCCCGGGGCUGGACUUUUGCCUCUCUCCAGCUAUCGAACGGCCUGUCGCAGCGACAGUGUUGCUGCAAGUUAAUUCUUACCUAACUGGACUCAGACUCAAAGUAUGGCCCAGGCCAGCCUAUACGCCAUGGACGCCGCAACCACCGGCAGUUUGCUACUCAGCGACAACCUCAACUUCUGGGACGACGAGCGACAGGCGCCUCGGCCGGGGGAUAACUCUGAGCCCGUCUACGAGCCCGCCACCGGGCGUGUGCUGUGUCAGUUGACCCCGUGCGGCUCCGAUGAGGUGGACGCAGCCAUCAAGAGCGCUCGUGGCGCGUACGCCAAGUGGAGCAAGAUGGCGGGCACGGAACGGGCGCGCGUCAUGUUGGAGGCCGCUCGCAUCAUCAGAGAGCGUCGGGAGAAGAUCAGCAAGUUAGAGGUGAUCAACAACGGGAAGUCCAUCACCGAAGCUCUGGGGGACAUCGACAUGGCCUGGCAGUGUAUGGAGUACUACGCCGGACUGGCCGCAACCUUGGCAGGUCAGCACAUCCAGCUUCCCGGCGGAGCCUUUGCCUACACCCGCCGCGAGCCUCUGGGCGUGUGCGCAGGCAUCGGUGCGUGGAACUACCCCUUCCAGAUCGCCGUGGUCAAGUCUGCUCCAGCGCUGGCGUGCGGCAACGCGAUGGUCUUCAAGCCGUCCCCCAUGACACCCGUCACGGCCGUCAUCCUGGCCGAAAUCUACCGGGACGCCGGAGCGCCCCGAGGACUCUUCUGCGUGGUGCAAGGUGGCGCCGAAACCGGAACCUUCUUGUGCCAGCAUCCCCAGGUGGCCAAGGUGUCCUUCACAGGCAGCGUGCCCACCGGCAAGAAGGUGAUGGAGGUGGCGGCCCGGGGCGUUAAGCAGGUGACGCUGGAGCUGGGUGGCAAGUCUCCGCUGAUCAUCUUCAAAGAUUGCCAGCUGGACAAUGCUGUCAAGGGAGCCCUCAUGGCCAACUUCCUCACCCAAGGGCAGGUGUGCUGCAAUGGAACCCGAGUGUUUGUGCAGCGGGAUAUCAUGCCACAGUUCUUGGAGAAGGUGGUCAGCAGGACCAAGGCCAUCACUGUGGGGGACCCUCUGCUGGACCAGACCCGCAUGGGGGCGCUCAUCAGCAAGCCCCAUCUGGAGAAGGUCCUGGCCUUUGUCAAACAGGCCAAGGAACAGGGAGCCGAGGUGCUCUGUGGUGGAGAACCGCUCGUGCCCACUGACCCCAAACUCAAGGAUGGAUACUUUAUGUCGCCCUGCGUACUCGACAAGUGCAGGGAUGACAUGACCUGCGUGAAAGAGGAGAUCUUUGGGCCCGUCAUGUCGGUGCUGCCCUUCGACACGGAGGAGGAGGUUCUGCGGCGUGCCAACGACACCACCUUCGGGCUGGCCUCCGGCAUCUUCACCAGAGACAUCUCGCGAGCUCACCGUGUGGCGGCGAAGCUGGAGGCGGGAACGUGCUACAUCAACAACUACAACAUCAGCCCCGUGGAGGUGCCCUUCGGAGGAUACAAGAUGUCAGGUUUUGGGCGCGAGAACGGGCAGGUGACCAUCGAGUACUACUCGCAGCUGAAGACAGUGGUGGUGGAGAUGGGCGACGUGGAGAGUCUCUUCUGAAAGCCCUCACUUUUUUCAAUCCUUGAAAUAAAAUUGCCACCACAUUUUG